AAAAAUAACCCAAACAAAACAACUGUCAAUAAUAUUGGUUUAAUUUGAAGUAAUUUCUGUUUUGCCAAAUAUUAUACUUUAGGAGCACAAAAUGUCUUUGUACCACGAUUUAGAUAUAAAGGGUAGACCGGCGGAAAACGUUUCUGGCUGGUCUUCUGGAAUCAAGCUUCUGCAAAGUCAGUUGCAAUUAAAAAAAGCCACUGUAGCACAACCCAAAAGAGACCAACAACGAAAAGUAAGCCUGGCUCCUGUAAUAGAUUUGAAAUCUAAACGAAAUGAAGAGGAUAUGUUUCACCCCAUGUUAUCCAAACCUAAAAAGGAAACUGUAACGCCUGGAAAUGCUUUUCGAGAAUAUGAUUGGAAUUGUGUUGACGAGUAUGAUCCAUUGUGGCCAAAUGAAUAUGAAAAGAUCGUGAAAGAGAUGAGGGACAGUAGGGAAAGAGAUAAUGAUAAAGAUGAAAAGAGGAGAGAAAAGAAAAGAAAGAGUAGAUUCAAUGAUGUUCAAGAGGAAACGCCAAUUAUUUCUACUCCUCAAAUGAUUCAACCACCUGUAGCUAGUGGCUUUGCGGGUCGGUGGGAAGAAGAGGAAGAAAAAGAACCCAUCAAAAAAGCAAGGCCAUCAGGUGGUGCUGCAAUAGCUCCACCUCCAAGUUUACAAGAACCAUCAGAAAUAGCACCAAUCUUUCCUAAUAAACCACUUAAUCUAGUACCCGCAGCAGGUGGUUCAAUAGCUGCUAAAAUAAUGGCAAAAUAUGGAUUUAAAGAAGGACAAGGACUUGGUAAACAAGAACAGGGUAUGGUUAGUGCAUUGCAAGUAGAGAAGACGUCUAAAAGGGGGGGUAGGAUAAUACAUGAAAAAGAAUUACAAUUGCAAAUGGAAGCUGAAAAAGAGGAGGAUGGUAUAAAUUUGAACAUUACUGAUAUGAUGAAGAACCCAAGCAAGAUUGUUCUGCUGAAGAAUAUGGUUGGUCCUGGUGAAGUAGACGAUGACCUUGAACCCGAAGUAAAAGAAGAAUGCAACGUAAAGUAUGGGGAAGUCGGUAGUGUGGUAAUUCAUGAGAUACAACAUGAAAAUCCCGAAGAAGCUGUAAGGAUAUUUGUUGAGUUCAGAAGAAUCGAAAGUGCUAUCAAAGCUGUUGUUGAUCUGAACGGUAGAUUUUUCGGUGGUAGAAUGGUUAAAGCUUCAUUUUAUGAUACAGAAAAAUUUGACAAUUUAGAGUUGAUAUAGAGUUAAGGGUUGAACAAUAUUGUUGAAAUGAGAGUAAAUUAGAAAUCACAAAAAUAUGUUCACUUUUGUUAACUGAUUUUUCACUGACCAUUAUCUUUGAUUGAUGAUAUCCUGUGUUCUACCCUUUAAGAUAUCUUUAAAUUGUACAGUUUUUAGCAACAUUUGAUGUAUGCACACCUGUAUCUAAUUUUGAAACUGAAAUAUAUUUUUAUUUGUUUUUAA